AUGGCUACCGCAGAUAUUCAAAAAACGCCGUUCGUGAGGGAAUUGGCAUCGAGUGACCGUAAAACCCGUGACAAAGCCUUCGAAUCAUUGACCCUCUUCCUCAAAGCUCGCAAAGACCUAAGUCUCCUCGAACUGCUCAAAGUCUGGAGAGGAUUAUUCUUCUGCUUCUACCAUUCCGACCGCCCCCUAACCCAACAAGCCCUCGCGCGCGCCCUCUCAUACUCCCUCGUCCCCAGCCUCCCGCGCGAAAGCCGGCUUCGCUUCCUGCGCGCGUUCUGGAUUACUAUUGGCACUGAAUUCCACAAUCUGGACAGAUUGCGACUUGAUAAAUACUUGUUUCUGAUUAGGUGCUAUGUCGGCGUUGCGUUUGAGAUUUAUCUGAAGGGGAAAAUUAAUGAUAAAUCGGAGACAGGAAAGGAGGAGGAGGAGAAACAAGAUGAAGGGAAUAAAAAGAGAAAAAGAACCGGAGAAGAUAAAACCAAGAACGGCAAGAGGAGAAAACAGUCCGGGGGCAAUAACAACGAGGCAACGUCAGCGCAAGGCGGGAAAUGGACAGAGUUGGAAUCAUAUAUUUCGCUACUAGAGGAGGGACCGCUGUGUCCCAUCAACUUUGACCCAAAAGAGCAAAAACCCGGCAAAGAUGAGAUAGCCAUGCCACAUGGUCCUGAUGGAUUGCGGUACCAUAUUACUGAUAUCUGGCUUGACGAGUUGGAGAAAGUUGUCUCUUCAUAUGAUUCUGACGACAAAAGCGAGGAAAACGUACCGGUAAAAGACCGUCUUGACGUCCCCAUUGAACUACUGCUCAGACCAUUUGAGAAAUUGAAGAAAGAAUCUCAGACGAAGUCAGUGCGGGUGAAGGUGGUUAGUGAGGUGUUGGAUGAUGAGCGGUUGGUUGAAUGGGGGUUUAAGGAGAGAAAGAAGAAGAGGAGUGUUGGAAGUGGGGAUGAAGAGGAUGACGAGGAAGAGGAGGAUGAGAAUGCAUCGUGGGAUGGGUUUGAUGAUUAG